AUGAGUUCCCAGCAGCAGAAGCAGCCCUGCACUGUACCCUCUCAGCUGCAGCAGCACCAGGUGAAACAACCUUGCCAGCCUCCACCCCAGGAACCAUGUGCCCCCCAAACUAAGGAGCCCUGCCAUCCCAAGGUACCUGAGCCAUGCCACCCCAAGGUGCCUGAGCCAUGCCACCCCAAGGUGCCUGAGCCAUGCCACCCCAAGGUGCCUGAGCCCUGUCCUUCAGCCAUCACUCCAGCACCAGCUCAACAGAAGACAAAGCAGAAGUAA